CCCCAUUUUUAAAAUCCUCUUUUCUGUUUUUUUCUAAUUCACUCCAUCGCUUUCCCUCCCUCCCUCCCUCCCUGCCCGCCUGCCUUCACUCCCACCUCCUCUACCUCCCUCCACCGGACUGAACCGCUAGUAACGCCGGUAGGUAAGCCACUGUGGGUCUCUCAGCUGAAGAUACAGAGAGUAAAGGCUUUGAUUUCAUACCGCAGCACCACCGAGGAGAGAGCGGAAGCGGCUCUGUGUGUCUGAUAUCCCCUAGCUUAACCUGACAACAGCUGGAACAAGUCAAGUGGACAGAAGAUAGUCCCGCUACAUAAUCCCACCCGGACAGCCGAACACUACUCUUAACAACAAACCAGCCAGCUAGCAGACGCGUUAAACUUUGACCAGUCAGGGCUUCAGAUAAAUGGCUGACAAGCAGAUCAGUUUGCCUGCCAAAUUGAUCAAUGGGGGGAUCGCUGGCCUAAUCGGAGUGACCUGUGUGUUUCCCAUUGACCUGGCCAAGACUCGACUGCAAAACCAGCAAAAUGGAUCUCGCCUUUACACCAGCAUGUCAGAUUGCCUUAUUAAGACCAUUCGGUCAGAGGGAUAUUUUGGGAUGUACCGAGGAGCUGCAGUGAACUUAACACUAGUCACACCGGAGAAAGCCAUCAAAUUGGCUGCAAACGACUUCUUCAGGCAUCACCUCUCCAAGGAUGGAAAGAUUACUCUGUUCAAAGAGAUGUUGGCCGGUUGCGGUGCAGGUACAUGCCAGGUUAUUGUCACAACUCCUAUGGAGAUGUUGAAAAUUCAGCUCCAAGAUGCUGGGCGGAUUGCUGCUCAAAGGAAGCUGAUGCCAGAGACAGUGGCAGCAGGUACCGUGGAGACGAAAUCCCCGACAGCUAUGCAGAUUACCAGACAGUUACUGAGGGAAAAGGGCAUAGCUGGGCUGUAUAAAGGCCUUGGUGCCACGCUGCUCAGGGAUGUUCCAUUCUCUAUUAUCUAUUUCCCCCUUUUCGCCAACUUGAAUAACUUUGGGAAAAGAGGCGCAGAGGGCCCUGCUCCUUUCUACGUGUCGUUUAUAUCAGGCUGCGUUGCGGGAAGCACGGCAGCUGUGGCUGUAAACCCCGUUGAUGUUAUAAAGACUAGACUGCAGUCGCUGACCCGAGGGAACACAGAAGACACGUACGCUGGAGUGACUGACUGCAUCAGGAAAAUCAUGCGUAACGAGGGUCCAUCAGCCUUCCUGAAGGGAGCCUACUGUCGAGCCUUGGUUAUCGCUCCUCUGUUUGGCAUCGCCCAGGUGGUCUACUUCCUGGGCGUGGGUGAAUUUAUCCUCAGCUUCUUGCCUAAAAAAGACAAAUAAGGAGCACCUCCUUUCUGCCUUUCCCUCCCAUAAUGCAUUACACCAACUUCGCGAAGAUUCAUCCCAUACUGAGUGAAGUUUGUGAUGGGUCAGAGCGUGACCAUUAGUACAGAUUGUUUUAAAUUUUUUGUGUUGAAUGUGUUCAAAUCAUUCAGGAGGGAGCCUUUGUUUGCCAAGCUGCCUAUGGCGGCACAAAAAAAAAAUCCAGUUGGCAGGUUUAACCAGCUCUCUGGAAAUAAAGCCACAAAUAUCAGCUUGUUUUAAGUUUUAAAAAGAAUAUCGCUUUAUAAUUACAACAUUGUACUUAUCUUUUUGAAUAUGAUUGUUAAAGUUUUAAAGCAGAUGUACUGCCCUCGGUUGCUGCAGUUCUGCACACCUUACAGUACCAAAUUUUAGUCUUUAAAUGACAGAUGAAAUCUUACCAAUUGGUUUGAAACUAUAAAUUAUAAAUGAUGAUGAUCAGAUUAAAAAUAAAUGCACAUUCCUUACUUAGGCAAGUAGAAGAAUAUUAGUCCUGUAAAACAAAAACACAACCUUCCCUUAACCUUAUGUCUUAAAAGGUAACACACAACGAGUUACAGUAACACAGGCCUCUGUUUCAGACAAAGACCGAGGCAACGUGUUGAUGUGAUACCAGCACAAUCGCUAUGAUCUUUCCGUAGGAGCCACAUCCCUUCCUGUAAGUGGUUGUAAUGAACCCAGCCAUUCAGCUCUGAGCACACUUUGAUUGCCAUGGCUUUUUAAGUAGAUCAGGUUCCAUCUGAUGCGUUGCGCUACCACAAUGGUUCAACUGUUGCCCCCCCCCCGGACUAUAGCUUUGUUUCGUGGAUGCACACUGGACUGAAGCACCGGUGUGGGAAUCAGUGCUCAACUACAAACUACAUGCGUAACCUUUAUUUGAACUCUGACAGAAUCACAAAACAGCUGCGCCUUCACGCCUUUUUAUGGGUCAAGCGCAUCGCACUUCUGCCCACACCCCAAUCAUUGAUGUCACAGCGGGGGUUUAGUUAGCCUUUGUCAGGCGACCGAAAACACCUGCUGUGACAUCACUGAUUGGAUUGCGACCUAAAGUACAGCAAGCAGCUUUCUGCCACGCGUGAUGCACGGUGGAUUCAGACGCAGACGAUAGCUGUGAACACUAAAUGAGCUGAAAGUAAUUCUAAUGGAAAGCCAGAUUAUUAGUAAUUAUUGAUGCUAACAAACAGUCAGACCUCACCUCCUGAGAUUUAUGAAUACAGUCAUCCAUUGUGGAGCCAGCAAGUCCAGAGCAUUUCAUCCUCACAUCAGAUGCAGACCGAAUUAUUUUUGUUUACAGAUGAGUUCAUAUUCAGUUUGAAUUCUUUAUCCAAACUUGAAUUCAAUGGCAGGACCCAAAGAGCUAAAAAUCCUUUGGAUAUCAGAAAAUCACACCAAUGCGUUCUCAGUGCACUCGAUGAUUUUUUUUUUAACCAAACAUCUGUUUGUUUGCUUUAGAGGGUUUUGUUUGCUUUAAGCUGCGAGGGAAAGCAGCCCUGUUGUAUCUUGUUUAUGCAUCGCGACACUGAAGCGCUGCCAUUGGUUUAUCUCACCGGAGAUCAAGGUGACUUUGAAGUGUAUUAUUCCAAUCACAUUCCCUCCUUGCUCCCACCAUUCAAGCAGCUCGUCAACUGCAUUGUUGCACUGUAGAUACACGAUGCAACUUUUCAGUGUAUUUAAUUUGUGGGAGUGAGCUUUAUUUAUCGAUAUUCCUUUCUGUGGGCAGUAUAGCACUAUGUAUUUGUGUGUUGUUUUUCUUUUCCUGUGUCAAAGUGUCCCACUUAACUAUAUUGUAAAUAUGCAGAUGAUAUGAACUUGACGUUUUAGGAUUUAUUGUUUGUUUUGUAAAUGAUGGCUUUUUUGCACACCUACCUCUCCAGCUCCCCUGUCAAUUCAUGUUGUGGUGAUUUUUAUGUUUUAUGAUGAUGUGGACAUAUCGAAUGAAGGAAUAUUAACGCCGGACACAUCAUAUGAACUUACAUGCAACACUUUAAUAAGAUUUUUUUUUCUUAAAUGUUUGCAGUGGGGAACACUAGUGCAGUUUUCUUUUUUGGGGUGGAGGCAUUUCUGCCUAUUGCCUAUUGCUAUUGUUUAAGUGUGGGUCAGCCUGUUUCACCAGCUAGGACCAAAUGAAGCAUCGGCAAUAGAGGGAAGUGUCUUUCGUUUUAAGUUAACGACUCGCAGAAAUGCUUAAAGAGUUCUGAAAAUUAAAUGUGAAAGCCGACAGAGACCCGCUGGCAUCGGACGGUAAAGAAAAUCUGUCUGUUUUGAAUGGUGCUUCUUUCAUGAGGUGGCUGCAAUAUGACAGUGGCUGCACUAACGACCAAGGCCACACUGACUGAAUCACUUCGAGCUAAUCUCAGCGUUAUCAAUGUCUUAACUGAAAGCCAUAGGUCAGUGAGGGACAUCAUCUGGCACCUCCAGCCAUGACGGCAGAUAACAAGAUGGCCCGUCUGCUCAUGUGAGCUUGGCUUUAUAAAGUACCGCUGUAAUUUUUCUUUUUUUUUCUUUUCCACAUUCCAAGUUCAUUUCGUAUUUGCUGUUAUUGUCAUCACAAUGCCUACAUUUGUCUCGUCCACAUUACUGUUGUGAUUUCCUUUAAAAGCCCACCCCUCUCCCCUCCCUCGUUGUUCUCGGAUCGUUCUCAUCAGUUUUUUUGCCCGAACUUUGAACACGCUGCGCAAGUCAAUUUUCUUUAACCCUGCUGUGAAUUUAAACUGACCUCGUGCAUUAGGGUUUUUUUGUGUAUGUGCGUGCGUGUCUGACGGUGUAGUGGUGUAGUUGAUGUGUAGUUGUUAGUGUGACACCGCGGUAUUUUUCUCUUGAUUCUCUUGAUUGUCGGUCCAAUGCCCUCCCCCCUCCCUUUCUUUCUAUCUGUUGCCCUCCUCUGCCAUCCAAUCUGUCCAGCAUCUGUCGCCAGGGUGCAGGCUAACACAGAGGAGCUUUUAAAACACCAAAUAUACGACCCGGAGUGUAUACAAUCAAAGAAAGCACAAAGGAUCAUUAGGCACAAGAGACCUGCUUUGGAUACUCGAAAUCUUGGAAAUCUGUGUGCUGCUUUUGCAGACGUGAUUUAAAAGUUUUGAUUUAUUUCUGUGCAGAAGUCUUGAAUGAAAUGAACAUGUCAGCUUAUGUAUGUCUGUAAAACUGGAUCCAUAGGGCUGAGACAACAGGUCAUUAUAAGAGACCCAACGUGAUGGUGUCCACUAUGUCACCCAUCACCAGUUAUCCACAAAUGUAUAUCCCGUACAUAUUCUAAACGAAUCUGAUAUAAGAAUGUAACGUAGCUAUUACGAGAUGUAUUAUGAAUAUAGUGAAGAGUUUAUUAUGUUUUAAUCUAAAGAUUUGUGCUUUACACGUUCACCGAGAAAUUUCAUGAACCAGCUCACUGAUAUGCAAUAAGUAAAGCCACACACACACAGACACACAGUAGGAAAAAAGUAAACACUGAACACCAUCCGUCAGUCACAGGAAACACGGUGUAUGAAUAAUGCAGCUGGGGGGACCUUGGAGGCCUUUUGGGGGGUCUGAGCGCAUUUCACGGCCUCUGUUCUCUUCUUCCAAGAGGAAUUGUGCAUUACAGCACUUUAGAAAUCGAGGACCCCCCACCCCCGCUGUCCACCUACAAAGUCUCUCUAUGACAUAGAGGGUGUUUAUGAAUAUGUGGUAAAUGACACAGUUGUCUUAGACAUGGUUUACAAUGCAAUGGAAAUAAAAAUAAAUUGUGUUCCCUGUCACAAUUCGCUGUUAAAUAAACUCACUGUCCUGAAAUCUC